AUGGCGACAGUUACGCAGACCGAUACGAGGUCAGAGACUUUUGAGCUUCGGAGCUCACCCAUCCCGACGCGGGAUGUGCUCGAUGAGGCUGAACCUCCGCAUUCAUCGAAGCCAAGUACCAGCGAACUCCUCAAGAUUCUCAGCGCUGGAUUCAGUUUCUUCGUCGCUGGCGUCAAUGACGGAAGUAUCGGUGCUUUAGUUCCUCACAUCAUUCGAGACUACAAUGUCACAACGGCGAUUGUCUCAUCAGUUUACGGCGCGAACUUUAUGGGUUGGUUCUUCGGCGCCUUCUCCAACACUCACCUCUGUCAAGUACUCGAUCUCGGCUCCAUGCUCACGCUGGGCGCUGUUCUACAAGUCAUCGCUCAUGCGCUCCGAUCAUGGAAGCCGCCUUUUCCUCUCUUCACUAUCACCUUCUGGCUCGCAAGCUUGGGUCAAGCCUACCAGGAUACACACGGGAAUACAUACGUCUCUGGAGUGAAGGGGUCUCAUCGGUGGCUGGCGUUCAUCCACGCGAUGUACAUGGCCGGAUGUCUUGUCGGCCCUUUCGUCGCGACGGGUGUUGCUUCGGCUGGAAGUACAUCGAGAUGGUACUUGUUCUACACGUUCCCACUCGGUAUUGGUGUUCUGAAUGUCGCUUUCGUGGUAUACGCGUUCUGGGACACUCUGAGAUUGAAGAGAAAGCAACCGCCGACUGAACGAACCCUCGAGGCUGUUGAAUCGCCUGCAUCUAAAAAUGAUGAUGCAUCCUCGUUGAUCAAGGACACUUUGAAGAACAAAAAUGUCUGGCUCAUCAGCCUUUUCUUCUUCUUCUUUCUUGGCGCAACGCUUACAGCUAGUGGGUGGGUGGUCGAAUACUUGGUCGAGGUUCGCAACGGCGACAUCAAUCAGAUGGGUUUUGUACCAGCUGGUUUCAGUGGAGGGUCGCUCCUUGGGAGACUGUUUCUUGCUGAACCUACACAUCGUUUUGGGGUUCGCCCCAUGAUAUUUGCUUUCACGAUUCUCAGCAUCGGAUUGCAAGUUCUGUUCUGGCUGGUUCCCAACAUCAUCGCCGCUUCCAUCGCCAUCAGUCUGCUCGGCUUCUUCAUGGGACCAUACUUUGCCACAGGCAUCUCUGUCGGCUCGAAACUGUUCAAUCCUCGUAUUCGAUCGACAGCUUUGGCAUUUGUCUUUGUCUUCGCGCAGCUCGGAGGCUGUUUAUUCCCAAUCAUCACUGGUCUUGUCGCCACCAGCGCUGGAGUGUCAGUUCUCCAGCCUGUUCUUUGCGCGCUUCUAGUUGCCACGAGUGUCUCUUGGUUGUUUGUCCCGAUGCCGAAGCAAGGUGACAAUCCGACACUGCACCGGGAGUAA